GCAAUCCUGCUGCCACUCUUCAGCAUGGGAACCAUGCUAUUGCAUCGUGGAAUAUUUGUAUUCCUCAGUGUUUGUCUGAUUUCCUUCACACCACCUUGUGAUGGAGGAAACAUCCUUGUGUUUCCUGUGGACGGCAGCCACUGGAUCAAUAUGAAGAUCCUGCUGGAAGAACUUCAUGCCAGGGGACACAGCAUCGAUGUGAUAAGGGCCUCCAACAGCUGGUACAUCCCAGAAAAGUCUCCCCUCUACACAUCCAUUACCAUUGAAAUUAAUGAAGGCUUUGAGGACUUCUUUGAUGUGUACCUUCAGGAGCAUAUGCGGGCGCAGAGAGAGGGUGCAUCGGCACUUACUUUCCUCAAACUCACCAAGGAUUUCCUCUCUAUGAUUGCUCAUGCUCAUUCAAUUUGGUCUUAUGCCCUCCCUCAAAUCUUAGAUGAUGAAAUAAUGGUCAAAAGCUUGAAGGAUGCCCAAUAUGAUCUUGUUCUCACUGACCCAGCUAUUGCACCAGGGGUUGUAUUAGCAAAGUAUUUGAAAUUGCCUUUGGUGCUCAAUGUUCGCUGGAUCACCAGUGGAGAAGGCCACUUUGUGAUAGCUCCGUCACCAUUGUCCUAUAUCCCAGUUCCAGGAUCAGGAUUAACGGACAAAAUGACUUUUUUCCAGAGGGUGAAGAAUAUUUUUUUCUAUGGCAUCAUAUUGUUCCAGCAGGAAUUCUUGGUGGGGCCGGUCUAUGAUGCCAUGUGUGAGAAAUACAUUGAGGGUGGAUGUGACAUCAUUUCGCUUCUCCAAGAAGCAGACAUUUGGCUGUUCAGGUCGGAUUUUGUGUUUGAAUUCCCUCGGCCAACAAUGCCAAAUGUCAUCUACAUAGGAGGGUUCCAGUGCAAACCAGCCCAACCACUGCCAGCAGACCUGGAGGACUUUGUUCAGAGUGCUGGGGAGCAUGGAGUAAUCAUCAUGACUCUGGGAACGUUGGUGAAUGCUUUGCCCAAAGAGGUAGCAAAUGAAAUCGCCAGCGUCUUUGCCAAGAUGCCUCAGAAGGUGAUAUGGAGGCACAAAGGUGAGCGUCCUUCUACUUUGGGCAACAACACCCUGAUAGUGGACUGGAUGCCGCAGAAAGACCUCCUUGGCCACCCGCAGACAAAAGUCUUUGUAGCUCAUGGGGGAACCAACGGCGUACAGGAGGCCAUUUACCACGGGGUCCCUGUGCUCGGUAUACCAUUGUUCUUUGACCAGUAUGACAAUCUUCUACGUCUGCAACACAGAGGCGCCGGAAAGAUAAUUGAGCUAGCUGAUGUUAGCGGACACAGUUUUGAGCAAGGCAUAAAUGAAGUGCUCCAUCACGACAGCUACAGACAGAACAUGCAAAGACUGUCACGUUUGCACAGAGAUCAGCCAAUGACCCCAAUGGAUCAGGCCACCUUCUGGGUAGAAUAUGUGAUGCGUAAUAAGGGGGCACCUCACCUGCGUACAGAGGCUUAUAAGAUGCCCUGGUACUCGUACUACGGUUUAGAUGUACUGCUACUAUUGCUGACUAUAGCGACUGUACUGCUGUUAUUGACAUUUGCCAUGUUCAGGUUCCUAUGCUGCAGAGCUAGACGGUCGACAAAAUCCAAAAAACACUGAUUACGGUUGAGUUUUUUUUUAGAAAUAGGAUACAAUGAGUUCGGUAAAGCAUUUUUUAGACAAAAAAUACAUCUAAAGGCAUCUCAUUUGUUUCUAUUUAUUAUUUAUAAAGUAAAAUGACAGUUAGUCAUUUAAUGU